CACACAUUACCCUCCCAGUCCGCUUGUUGUGCUUCCCAUUGCUCGACACAGAUUAGUCAGGCGGAGCUUGACAAAGUUUGACAAUCCGCACAUGUCUCUAAACUGGGUGGGUUUGCAUGGGACGCUAAGUGUACUCGGAUUUUUACCAAAAAUGAGGGAUUGGUGUGAAAUGUUCUUUUAAGGUUCACUGAAACAUCGUCAUGUCAUCUUCAUCAUCAUCUUCAUAGUUUGGUUGUGAGGUAUUUAUUGUGGGCGCUGUCUUGUGUGUGUGUCACAAUACUACAAGGUUACAUGUGUAAAUAUUAUAUUAAUUACCUUUAAGAUGAGGUAACUUUCUGCUAAAGUGACCUUGAUCCAAGUUGGUUAAAGGAAGAUCUGUCAUUACACAAUGGAGGACUUUCAGGCACCCAAAACAACCAACCAAAGAAACAACAACAUCAGGGAAGUGGCAUCAUUACAACAUGAAGAUCUCUCAACCACUGACAGACGCGAGGAAAAUGUUCAGUUUAAUUUUCUCCAAGCACUUCCUGGAACAGCUGAAGACAUUUCAGGAGAGGACAGCCCACCAUUACACAUCAAACUGCUCUCAUGUAAUACUGACCUGUUGUAUGCCUACAACAACAGCUCCAAGGAAAACUCUGGGAAGUUAAGAGGAACGUUUCGCACUUCUCCAAAACCGGCAUUACGUUUUCCUGUGGAGAUGGAUCCUCUCAGUCAGUACGAUGAAUUUAUUGACACGACUGUUAAUAAGAAAUCUAUAGCAGCAGCUGGCAAACUCACAGCAGACCAUGAAAGUAAAUCCAAGGUCGUGUCUUUUAGAGUAAAGAGAAGACUUUCUGGAUCGUCCAAACUCUCGUCUGUUAGCCAGGGUUCAGAUGAGGAGGACGCAAUAGAUGAGCCAAUGGAAAUGCAGCAUUUGCAAAGCACUGAGGAGUGCACAUUUGAGGUCCUACCGGUGGAGAUUGCUGCCUAUCCGACCGAUGAAAACCUCAUAGACACAAGCGAGGAUGAUGACCUGAUGGAUUGGUGGAAGACUGUUGAGGGUUGGAGUAUAUGGAAUGAAUCACAUUUCCAGAAGGAUGAGUUGGCUGUCGAGGCUGUGGCGGACCGUGUGUUUAUGGCGGCUCGACUCUUUGUAAGUCUGUUCAACCAGCGUGGAGCCUCCCUGCAACGGCGUGUCGUGGACUUGCUCGCGGUGGCGGACACCGCCGACAGCUUCCAUAAGAAGACUGUGAGCGCGGCCAUCGGUGGAGGGGUGGCUAGCGUGGCGGGGGGUAUAGCUACUAUCACCGGCCUCAUCCUAGCUCCAUUCACUUUCGGGACAUCCACCAUCGUCACCGCGGUGGGGAUCAGCGUGGCAACAGCCGGGAGCAUCACCUCAGCCACGGCUCACAUUAGCGAUGCGGUUCAAUCCAAGAUGGACCGCAAGAAGGUGGAGAAGAUGAUUCAGGACUACCAGAACGAGAUCAGCGACAUCAGGGAUUGCCUGGAAUUCAUGCAGGAAGGAAUGAAUGCUCUACAAGAGUGGAACUUCAAGGAGUACUCUGAGAGUCUGGUCAACACGAGCCUCAACCGCAACAUAAAGUACGUCAUGAAGGAAGGUGGCCGAGCGGGUAAAGCGCUCUUGGUGAACACCGAAAAGCUUAUAAGCACUGUGAACAUUUUGGGCGUCACUGGAGGCGCCGCCAGAGCUGCCAAGGCCGUCAGCGUUACCACGGGGGUCAUGUCGGGUCUCUUCCUGGCCCUGGACGUUUUCUUUCUCGCCAAAGACACCAACGAGCUGCGCAAAGGCGCCAAGACCAAAUUCGCUUCCAAGAUCCGAGAAGUAUGCCGAGAACUUCAGCGCGGCCUGCUGGAGCUGAACAAAGUGAAGGCUCAGCUACAAAAGACCAUGGAUGGGAUCGAAGUGGAAGAAUAUGAACAGGAGGGCGAGGAGGAGGAUGAAGAUCAAUACGAGUCGGAUCCCAAGAAACUGGCUCUGCUGGAGCAAGAACUUGAUCAGUUGGAGGAGAAGCUCGACCUGAAGACUUCGCAUGAGCAAAGCAAGAAACCCUAAAAAGAAAGAAACGAGAAAAUAGAAGAAAUCAGAAAGAAAUUAGAUGUGUUUAAAAAAAGGAAAUGAAUGAAACACUCAAUAACAUCAAAAUGAAUGUUAUAGGUGUGUUCAUUUUAGCAUCCUGUGCAACAUACAGUACAGUACGCUCGACCAUUGGUUUGUCCAAGUUGGGCAAGUUUUUGGGAAACCAGUUCGCAAAUGAUUUACCCUCUGGUUACACUAAUGGCUCGCAAACAGCACAGCUGAACAUAUAGGGGCUGAACACAGAGUUAAUGAGAAGUAAAAAAUGAAGGGUUGUCGAGACAGAAACAAAUCCUCGGGGUUGGAUUGAGAAUCUGAGUGUGAUACUAAAAGCCAUUAAAAUUUAAACCAUUCAUGCAAUUCAUAAAUCUACAAGAAAGACUCUAUAAUAAGAAUAUAGUGACAAGAAAAAUGUUCAAUUUCCAAAAAGGUCUGUGUGCACUUUCAAAACACUUCCUUGUUUAUAAUAAACAACGCAGUAAACCCUUUAUUUACGUAAUUCCUCUUCAGUAUACAGGUCACGGGUUUACCUUGAAUGCAAUGUAAAUCACUUAAAGGAAAUUAAUGGAAAUUAAAGGACUAUUAAAGACUAUUAAAUAUGUGUGGAGGGAACACUGAGUUAGUUGUGCAAGUGUAAAAUGACAUACAAAAUAGGAUUAAUGGAAAAGACACUAGAUAGUCAAUUACUGAGCCAGAUACUGAGACUGAGGAGAAAAACAGCAAACAUAAAACAAAUUGUUGAUUAAAUAAAAUGUUCAUUAAAUAAUCUAAGUUGCAUUCUUGAUGCUAAAUCUGAUUAGAAGCGGAUUCGGCAGGUGUUGAAUCAGGCAAAGACUGUGGGAAUUUACUGCUUCAACAACACUGUCACAAUGCUGGCAUGUGACAUUAUUGUUAUUAAAUACCUUGAGAUGUAAACAAUUGGAAAGUCGUAGCCACUUGUGAAUACAAAACAGCACUUGAUAUAAGAUAAAACAACAGUAAUAAAAAAGGAAGAAUGGUUAAUAAGUCAAAUAAAAUAAUUAAAUAAAUAUAUAAAAAUAACUGCAACACUUCACAAGCUUAAACUAACAUGAAAAAACAACAGACAGUAUUGUUUUUCAGCAUCUUUUAAUUUUUGUUAAUGUUAUUAAAGGUCAAUAGAGUUGUUCAUGUUAGUUCAUGGCGCAUUAAUUAAUUUUUUACAACGCUUGAUUUUAUAAAUGUAUUAGUAAAUGCCGAAAUAAACAUGAACUAAGAAUAAUAAAUUGAAGAAGUAUUGUUCAUGUUAGCUAAUGCAUUAACUAUUGUAAACAAAUACAACCUUGUUACUGAAUAACUAACUACAAAUAAAAAAAAGAAAUACAUCAAAGAUGUAUGUUUGUACUCUCUGUCUUAAGACUUAAACCCUUCACUGACUUCAAAUCAAACACUGUUCAGCACGACGAGUCAAAAAAAAAAAAAAAUGAAACAUAACAUUUCAUGUCUUGUUUGCAUUAUUUAUUUUGUUUGUUUGUUUAACAAAUUCAAUUUAUGUACAGCUUUCAUUUUUGCUGGUAAGAUUUUGAAUUUGUUUUGUUAGACAUUUAGUUGUUAUACUAGUUAUAACUAUUUAUAUUAUACAAGUUAUAAAACUGUUUCACUGUCUUUAAUUUCUGUUAUUUCCAAAUUGAUUAGCAAAUAGAUAUCAGUUUGUCUUUGGUUUUUUCUUGAUUCACAAACAAAUCUUGGUACUGUGACUUCACUUUUGACUUUGCAAUAAAAGUCCUAACAGAAAUAAAAUGUUGUUUUUGUAAUGCAGUUGCUUUUGCUUUUGUCCAGUUAGUUUCAAGAAUCAAAAUAAGGAAGUCAGGCCUUGUAUGCGUUUAUCGGAAAAUAUUUUAAGUAAACCAGCAGAUACACUUCCUGAAACUGAAGCUU